UGAUUAAUAAAAAGCCUAAGGCGAAUCCUCUCCCUUCUUCAUCAGUACAGCAGUUAUUAAAACCCGUGACAUCGUCAUCUCACGUUCUGUCGUGCCGGCACGACGUAUCAGAAGACUUCUAUCAAAUCUUUCCCAACCCGAAAUAUUCAAAUUACCAAUAAAUAUAAAAAAAAGCCACGUCCUUCAAUCAAAACUUAUAUUGCGCCCAUAAAAUCCCAAGCAAAUAUAUUUAUAUAUAUAUAUAUUGAUAAUAUAAGUAAAUCCGCUGGACGAUCUUUUUCUUCAGUGAGCACCGAUACUAUUAAUCCUAUCCAAUCCCCUUGUAAAUACAACCAGACGAUCUCGACUUCGGGGUCUCGUUCGGCAUCGACCGCAAACGAGUCUCGCACCUCGACUGGCACGCAUCGAAGUCUCCGGCAAGUUCGCGAGAGUUUCCCAUUUGGUCACUAACUUUCUUCAUUUAUAACUUUUUAAUUUUUAAAUUCAAAAUGAAAUUUUUAUUGGCAAUUAUUGGAGUCGUAAUCGCAGUCAGUCUCGUUAAGAGUAGUCCGAUUAUUAAAAGAGAAACUGAUGAUUUGAGUCCAUUAAAUGAGGUUUAUGUGUUUCAGAACGAAAAUGACCAGUCAUUAGAUGAAGAGCCGCAUGGUGACAGAGAAAAGAGAAAAAUUGGCGUAAUAAAAUUAGGAGUUUCAAACGGUAUCAUUAAUUUUGUAUUUGGUAAAUUAGAUUCGUUCUUAGAUGCCAAGACAAAAGCACUAGGAGUUCUCGAUGAAUCAAAUAAAGCAAAGAAUGCAAUUUACGGUAUCGAUCCCAAGCAAUCAGCUACCAAAGAAUUUAUAAGUGAUAUUAUUGGUAAAAAAAUCCAAGCAGGUACCGCCGGAAUAGGGCCACUAAUAAACAGUGCGACGACAUUUAUUUCAACUAAAUCCCAAGGACUUGUCGGUGCACUGACGUCUAAAUUUGCGCCUCUCAGUUCAUUAUCCGGUGGAUUGUCAGGAGGUUCCGGAGACUCUGGAAGCCCGGGAGGUGGAUCUGGAGGUGGAUUGGGAGGAAUUUUGAGUUUGGUAACGAGUUUAAGUGGCAGCAGUAGCAGCGGUCUCGGAGGACUGGGCGGUCUGAGUGGCGGAAGUCCACAUGACGACAAGGAAAGUUCCGAGGGUGGUAGUUCAAGUGGAGGAACGGGAAUAACAAUCGGCGAUUUUCCCAGCAUUGGUGGCGGGUAUGUGUCAGGGACUACUGACGACACCCCGAUAUUUGAUAGGAACAAAGUAUCAUUGGAAGUACCCUCGAAAGCUUUUGGAACGGGAUUCACCCUAGUGACGAACAUCAGUAAACUACUGGGAAAGUUAAUCCUCAACUCGGCGCAUCGUACGGAAAAUGUCCUCGAGGUGUUCAAGCCAUUUUUCCGCGGCGCUUUUGCAAUCAAAGGGCUGCCGUCAGACAACGAAAUUCACAAAAAAAAGAGACAGUCUUCUGAAAUAAAUCAAGUGAAAUAAUGCUCAAUAAAUAAUAAGCAAUAAAUUUACAGUGGACUAAAAAUGCUGGAUCUAUUAUUGAUAUUUAAAAAUUUAUGAUCCUGUUAGCCGACGUCUAAUGAUUUUGAGAUUUUUUUUAGAAACGAUGAAUUACCCAUACAAAAAAAAAAUCGGCCCAUUAGUGGGUCAUUAAUGGCUGCCAAUUUUCAAGUAUCGGCCGAAGAUCGGCUAAAUAUCGGAUGAUAACGGUAUGCCAAGCAUUGGCCAACGAACGGCGGUUAAUUGUGCGCCGUUUUUAAAAGCAAAAAGACGGCUGCCAAUGAUUCAGUUGGCCAAUCAUUGCAAACCAGGCUUCGGCCGAUCUAUGGAAAAAUUUCGAAGCUCGGCGAAUUUGUAUGGGUUGUAAAAAAAAAAAAAUAUUUCAAAAAAUUCACCUGUAGCUUUUUAAAUUUUCUACAUGUGCAUAUUUUAAUAAAAAUUUGAAAACUGCUACUUGUCUGCUAACCAGGAUCAUAAAAAAUUUCAUAAUGUAAUUGAUAAUUAAUAUACAGCUCCAGCAAUUUUAUCCCACUGAUACAUGAUCAUUGAUCGUGUAUCAGAUCUCCGAUUCAUCAGGUUA